AUGCCAUCGGCAUCUUCGGUAGCGGCAACGGCUGCUAAACCGGUGUCGUUCACUACCAGCCUGGAUCCAGCAAAUCCCGUUGGGUUCUUGGAGAAGGUUUUUGAUUUCAUUGCGGAAGAGAAUGAUUUCCCUGCGAAAAUGAAUGACUCAGAUGUAUCUAAGCCGAUCCAGCAAAUGGUGAGCUUCAUCCGCCAAGAAGAGGAAGAGGGAGCUAACGAGAUCUCUGUUUCAGUUGAUGUAACAACAAUUCCAUUUUGUUUCUUUGCGGCGAGGAAGAAGAGGGUUGUUUAUAAAGGUUAUAUUCCGUCGGCUGGAACCGUCGCGGUGAAGCGGUUUGAUCAGUUCAACGAAAAAGCAUUCACUCGUAAUCUUUUCAGUACAGAGUUUGCCAUUAUGGCCGGUUGGCUAAACCACUGUAACUUGGUUCAGCUUCAAGGAUGGUGUUGUGAGGAAUCUGAGUUGGUCUUGGUCUAUGAGUACUUGUCCAAUGGAAGCCUCUACCAACAAAUUCACAAAACCUCAGUUUCAUCAACAACUACCCUUUCAUGGAGCUUAAGAUUAAAGGUAGUUCUCAGGAUUGCUUCUGCUCUUUCAUCUUUACAUGAAGAAUGUGAAAGACAGAUAAUACAUAGAGAUGUGAAAACUUGCAACAUCAUGCUUGAUGACGAGUUCAAUGCCAAGCUUGGAGAUUUCGGUUUAGCCGAAGUGUACGAACAUUGUUGUGCUUCAAGAGAUGCAACGAUACCAGCCGGGACGAUAGGAUAUCUGGCACCUGAGUACAUUUAUACCGGUGCUCUGACUGUAAAAACCGACGUUUACAGCUUCGGAGUGGUUGUCCUGGAGGUACAAUGUUUUAGUGAUGGAAAGAUUGUUUGUGAGAACACCUUGGAUGCACGGUUGGAUGUUGCAUUCAAUAAAAAGCUUCUAGAGAUACGCAAGUGGCUCUUUUGUCAGCUAAGAGUCCAUAAAAAAAGUUUGUCAAUGAACCUUGUAAAAGAGGGUGAAGAAGAAAGAAAUGAAGGUGAAUCAGAAGUACGAAAGGAAGCAUAA